AUGUCAACUGUUGAAAGAUCGAAUUCAAGGGAUGGCAAUGUAAAUACUUUGGCCGCGACUACAGUUGAUACUAUUGAGGAACGUUUCCCGAACAAGCCGACCUACCUCAAUCAGGACACAGAAUCUACCGACGACGCGUCGACUGGUAACUCUUCAGCGGACGAGGAUGAACAGUCUUGGAUAUCAUGGUUUUGCAGCUUGAAAGGGAAUGAAUUCUUUUGCGAAGUCGAUGAAGAGUACAUUCAGGACGACUUCAAUCUCAGCGGCCUGAGUAGUAUGGUUCCCUACUACGACUACGCGCUUGACCUAAUCCUGGACGUGGAGUCUCCAAAUGAUGACAUGCUGACUGAGCAACAACAUGAACUAGUCGAGUCUGCCGCAGAGAUGUUAUACGGUCUCAUUCAUGCGCGAUAUACUCUCACCAGUCGUGGCAUGGUCGCGAUGCUCGAAAAGUACAAGCAAUGUCACUUCGGUCGUUGCCCGCGUGUCUAUUGUAACAACCAUCCUUGCUUACCUGUUGGUACAUCUGACGUGUUCAGAACAGCUACUGUCAAGAUUUUCUGCCCGAAAUGUGAGGAAAUUUUUUUCCCCCGAAGCAAGUAUCAAGGAAAUAUUGAUGGCGCAUACUUCGGAACUACCUUUCCACACCUCUUUCUCAUGACAUAUGGUUACUUAAAGCCGCAAAAGAGCUCAUCGAUGUAUGUGCCAAAAAUUUUUGGUUUCAAGAUACGAGACCAAAAUGACGGGAACAACCAAUCCAAUGACCGCCAUGAUCUUUUCGGAGAAAAAAUGCACAACCGCAAGUGA